GGAUUUGAGAAUUCUUUACAGCUCGCUCUGUCCUCCUAGAAAGAAAGGGAACACGACCGAGGUACAAAUUUCACUGUAAGCGGCGAGAUCCCCACAAGCAGUCUCAGCGAACUCAGCAGAACACAUGAACACAAAAUACUAAGACAGUUCAUGUGGAACCGCUUUUGAGACUGUCUUUUGAAACAUGUCACGGUGGAUUGUGGUUUGAGUAUAUUUCGCCAACAUGGAGGUGCUGAUACAGUCGACAGACGAUUCAAAGUAUGCGGUUUCUCCACCACAAAGUUCACAAUUAGGCAGAUGCGUCGCAUCCCUGCGAAAACGCGAAGUCAGGCGGCUGGACGUUCGGUUAUAACCUGAGGGGGGAUUCACUCGAAAUACCCUGUGCUGAAGGCGGCUCCAACUUGCUGCGUUUCCUUUCCUGUAGAUAUGCAACCAAACAACCUCCGCUCGAUGACGCCUUGCACUUUUACAUUGCAAUCUCCAAUUCCUCUUUCUGGCCAUAAAGAAAAGGAAAAGAGGGUGUUUUUCAUUUGUCAUGCUUACUUUAGUCCUGUUCAUUGACAAUUAUGCUUAAACUGCUGAGUCACUAGACAUGAGUCGGCGAAGAACUUCGUUUCCUGUUCCACUUCCCCGUGGAAAACACAGUCGACGAAGUCCGUCUCUGGUAUUGGGUCAAAAAGGAACUUUCCCGUUUUCAACCCUAACAACUGCGCACGUAGAUGCAGUUGGUUUCUUCCCCCCGUUUGCGUUCAGCAUCGGAAUUACCAGUCACCUCAGUAAUCACUAACAAAAAGAGUAAGAGUCGUAUGUUCAUCUCUUCUCGACGCGCCUCGCGACGAUGUUUAGCACAAUAAAAACGGUUCCGAGCAGAGUCAGAGCAUGCUUUGUCUUCGACGGUGUCCGUCGGAAUUGAGACGGAAGUUAUUCCGUCACACACAAACAUUAUACAAUUGCGUCGGUGUCCCCGUGGUACCACCUAUACAUUCUCGUGUGUGCUGGGAAAUCCGGGGAUUUUCUGUGUCCAACGUAGUAACGGGGCGUUUCCUCUUCGUAACACACAAUAAUGGACAAAUUCCCAUGCAGAUCCUCUCUCUGCUUCUUUGUCACUUGAUCGUAUCACGAAAUGCGGUCUGGAUCAAUGAGGACCCACUUCUUCUUUGCCCCAUUUCCCCGCCAAAUUUCAGCACCAUACCCGUUGUUUAUUACCUCACAUACACAUAGAAGGACGGGUGCACAUCCGGGUCGCGGACGGGUUCCAGGGCGAACGUCGUCGCGUAAAUCGACGUUACCCCGUCGAUCUCAUUGCUCUCUGCGUCGCUGCGUCUCUGUGGACUGUGUGCAUGACGGCUCGAAACGGUCCUUGUCGGAUAGAACACAUCAAAAAUUUUUUCUGUUUCAUCUGUCACGUGCGUCCUUUUGGUGGAAGCGACGCGUCGUCGCGGCCCUGUUGGGGGUAGUCAAUAUUUCAGUAAGCGUUUCUAGCGACACCCGCUACACAGAACACUCGGUUGAAGCACUGUGAUGCUGGCGUUUCUGUCCGCUGUCUUUCUGCAGAAUGGCGCUUUCUUCUUUGAACAAUAUCAGGCCUUUUAGCGGGUUGCUGGGUUGCGGCCUGCUGUUUGGCGCCCUUGUGGUCGUGGUGGCAUGUGUUUUCAGCGUUCCUGUGGAAGCAGGCGUUCUUCGUAAGGUAGCAGGUGCAGGAAGUCUCCAGGCGUCUAUUGGAGAGCACGAUUUUUUUAACGAUUACGAUCAGGACGAGGAAUACAGGAAGCGCCAGCAAGAACUGCAGAAUCAGAGUCCAGAAGAAGUCGAGGAAGCGAAACGCAAAUACCACGAAGAGCUGAGACGGAAAGCAGAAGAAGAUGCAGAGACGAAACGUAAGCAAGAAGCAGUCAUUCAAGAACUGAAAGAGGUGGCAAAGAAAAGAGGACUUCGUGAAGCCGCUGAGCGUGAGGAGAAGCGCAUUGAUGAGCAGCAGGCUAAUUACGAGCAACGACAACAAGAACUGAGAGACAUGGAUUCAGCAAUGGAGGAGAGGCUUAUGCAGCAGAGAAAAAAAGACCAGGAAGAGAGAGAACUUGCAAGAAAAAACAGCGAUAAGGUCAUGGAGGAGCUCAAAGAGAAACUCGCAAGACGCAGGAAAUCAAUGUAGAAGAAAGGCAAGUUCUGACUAGUGUAUGAAGUGUAGCAGCGGUCCGUUAUUACCGUGUAUACAGGGAGAUCGUCGUUCAGUUUGAAGUGUUUAUUCCGUGUUGAAAGAAGCGUUUGUGUAAUGCAGAUGAUCCUGAGAUGAUAGUGCGGGAAAUCGAAUGACUCAUUGAGUUCCAGUGCACAUAACCGGCUUUUAUUGAAACGUGAUAAUUCCUUUAUACUUGCUUCCUCCGGCCGAUGGUACACAGAGGUCGACAGGGCGUGAAAUGCAGAGACCGGGAAAACACUGCGACAGGACGCUUCAUGACUGGGUUCCUUUCAUCACCAUGUGACGUA